CCCAACCUUCUCUUUGGGUCAAUCAACUAUCCGUGUGGUUGCUGGGUAGCUGAAGCCGUAUAAGGUAGAACCUACCUUCGGGGUAACUCAAUUAGGCGGCCUUCCAAGCCGGACAUUAUAAGAAGAUCCCAUCCACGGGUCAGUAGGUGGAAGCAAUGCUCCAGUUGCAACCUUGAUCAUCUAGCUAGAGCACAGUGGGCUAUCCUAUGCCCUGAACUGUUAGAGCACAACAUGUCCACUCAACUCGACGCCGCCUGGGUCGCCCGCCUCUCCCUACACGACCCCGCCCACUUCAGCAUCCAGCACUCGCAAACUCUGCAUCGCCUGGUGCUCCUACAGCACUGGAACAUCCCGACUGGUGCCAAGGUGCUGGAGCUCGGAUGCGGGCAAGGGGACUGCACGACUGUCCUUGCAACUGCCGUGGGCAAGCAAGGAAGCGUGGUGGCGGUUGAUCCGGCGGACCUGGAUUAUGGUGCGCCGUAUACCCUUGGCCAAGCACAGGGCCACAUUUCGCAAGGCUCACUGGGGGAUCGCAUUACUUGGGUCCAACAACCCCCUCUGGACUACCUGUCCUCACUCCCUCCCCUCUCCCCCUCCUCGCCCCUCGCCAGCCAGACUAAGGCCUUCGACGCAGCGGUGCUCGCCCACAGCCUAUGGUACUUUGCCUCCCCCUCGCUCAUUUUGUCCACCCUGUGUGCCCUCAAGCAGCACAGCAAGCGUCUUCUUCUCGCCGAGUGGUCGUUAGUCGCCACGCACCCCUCUGCUCAGCCUCACGUGUUAGCGGCGCUUACCCAGGCCGCGCUGGAGUACCGUAAACCCAUUAGCAAUUCGAAUGUCCGCACGGUGCUGGGACCCAGGCGGCUUACCGAGCUGGCCCUGGCCGCCGGGUGGCAGUUGCAGAGCGAGACCCGCGUGCAAAGUGGGGAGGGCUUGUUGGACGGACAGUGGGAAGUCUCUGCUUGUCUGUCUUCAUCUUUCGAAAAGGAGGUGGAGGAGGCAGUGAGUGAUGGGAGGGAACGGGCAAUGGUUCUUGCGUUACGGGAUGCGUGUGCGGCGAGCUUGGAGGGUAUACCAGGGGGCCGGACAGGGGUUAGGGCCAUGGAUGUUUGGGUGGCUAGUUUCGUGUGAUCCGGCAACUUACCUUUGC